CAACGACCACGUAUUGGCGGUUUCAUUCCUAUAAUUUUCCAAGGCCGGUGCUAAUCUAAAUCAGAAAGAGAGAGAGAGAGAGAGAGAGAGAGAGAGAGGGGGAACAGAGCAACGGCUAUGCCGUUGUAGCCGAUUUCCCCCCUUUUUUUCUGUUUCUGGAUGCCCUCUAGCGUGACAAAUUAACCAAAAUUUUGUUUUGCUUAUUUUAUUUGGGAAUUGUGAGAAGACCGAUCCAUUUCUAUUUUCUCUAUCUGAAAUCGAUUCUCUCUGUUCUAUCUGAAAAAAAAAAAAUAUAUAUAUAUAUAUAUCUAUAUCUAUAUAUAUAGGUAUAGUCAUGUAGAUAUAGAUAUAUAUAUAUAUAUAUACAUAUAAAAUCAAAAAAAAAAAGAAAAGAAAAAGAAAUUCGGCUUUUUGAAUUGCUCACGGUUUCAUCGCAUUGGGAUAUGUUAGAAAUUUUUUGAGCUUGCACAAGAUAAUGUGAUUCUGAACCGUAUGGUAGGGUGACCUCUCUCAUAUAUAUUUUGUGUGGGAGAGGAGAAUUCGAAGGCCUUGUAAGCUCGUUGAGUUGGGCCAAAAAAAAAAAAAAAAUUUGGUAAGCAAUGACCGGGGACGAGCCAAUCAAUGGUAACCCACAGGGGUCGUCGAAUUCGCAAGAAGAGAAAAUUUUUGUUUCGGUUAGGUUGAGACCGCUGAAUGAAAAAGAGUUGGCCAGAAACGAAGCAUCGGAUUGGGAAUGCUUAAAUAACAACACGAUCGCAUUCAACUGCAGUCAAUCUGACCGCGCCGUGGUUCCAUCUUCUUAUUCUUUUGACAAAGUAUUUGGAUGUGAUUGCACAACAGAGCAGGUAUACCAGGAAGGAGCUAAAGAUGUUAUUCUUUCUGUACUCCGUGGCAUCAACUCGACUAUUUUUGCAUAUGGUCAAACAAGCAGCGGAAAGACGUACACCAUGACUGGAAUUACUGAAUGUGCAGUAGCAGAUAUAUAUGGUUAUAUAGACAAGCACAAAGAUACAGAGUUUGUUUUGAAAUUCUCUGCUAUGGAGAUCUAUAAUGAAGCUGUGAGAGACCUCCUUAGCUCUGCUAGCACUCAACUCAGACUUCUAGAUGAUCCAGAGAAAGGGACUGUUGUUGAGAAACUUACGGAGACGGUCUUGAGGGACAGCAACCAUUUGCAUGAGCUUCUUUCCGUAUGCGAAGUCCAAAGGAAGGUAGGAGAAACCGCUCUGAACGAAGCUAGCUCCAGGUCUCAUCAAAUUUUAAGACUGACAAUUGAAAGUUCAGCUCGUGAGUAUGGAGACUCUGAGAAGCAAAGCACUCUUGCAGCAACUGUGAACUUAGUUGAUCUUGCUGGGAGUGAGCGUUCUUCUCAGGCAUUAUCAGCAGGUGCAAGAUUGAAAGAAGGUAGCCACAUAAAUCGCAGUUUAUUGACCCUGGGAACUGUAAUUCGCAAAUUAAGCAAGAAGAACAGACACAUACCUUACAGAGAUUCCAAGCUAACACGGAUACUGCACAACUCUUUGGGAGGCAAUGCCCGAACAGCAAUCAUUUGCACUUUGAGCCCCGCACGCAGUCACGUUGAGCAAUCAAGAAAUGCCCUCUUCUUUGCAAGUUGUGCGAAAGAGGUGACUACUAAUGCAAAGGUCAAUGUAGUAGUCUCGGAUAAGGUAUUAGUAAAGCAAUUACAAAGAGAAUUGGCCAAACUGGAGGCUGAGCUGCGGUACUUGACUUCAAAAUCCACUACUCAUGAUUCUGCUACAUUACUAAAAGAGAAAGAACUUCUAAUUCAACAGAUGGAUAAAGAGAUAAAAGAAUUGACUCGGCAGCGAGACCUUGCACAAUCUCAGGUUAAGACAAUGCUAACACCAGUUGUAGAAAACCGAGCUUCAAGAGUAGAUAAUAACUCAUCAAGUGGCUUUGAUUAUUUUCAUCUGGACACCAAAGCACGAGACGUGUCAAAACACAUUGAUAGACCCAGAUUAUCUAAUUCUAGCAACCACCAGCGACAACUUUCUCAGAAUUCUGAGGACAACUUUCUGCUUGACUGCAGCACUCCUAAGUUUGCUGGGCCUGAUCCAUGUCAAGGAUGGGAGGAGGUUGCUCAAAGUGUUGAUGAAGGAGAGGCUAUCUGCAAGGAAGUUCGAUGCAUUGAAAAGGAAGAUUCAAGAGUGGACCAUAAGAGAGAAGCUUUACCUCAUGGUGAAGUACCAGAUUCGACUUAUGAGGCCAUGAAGCGAAAAAUUCAGGACAUGCAAAGGACAAUUGACUGUCUCAUCAAUCUUUAUCCUCAAGAGCAAUCUCCUUGUUAUUCUGAAGCUACCAUGUCUAGCUCUACAAGCUUGAUGUUGACAAGAAGCAAAAGUUGCAAGGCAGUUGUUGUCUCAAGUCCUUCGUCUUCUAAUUAUUUCAAGGAGGCAGAACAGUAUCUAGAGACAACACCUGAUGGUUCAGGGAACGGAAGAGCACAGGGCUCUUUGUGGAAGCCUUCUAUGUCAAACAAUGAUUCCAACAUUGGAAUUUUGUCCAGAAAAGAUUCCCCUGCUUCUGUUUUGAGUGUUUCCCCUCAUACAAGAAAGAUCUCAGACUUUUAUAUAACGUAUGGGAAUGAACUUUCUGGCGGAGAUGAAGGCUCUGGGCAGAAAUUUUCUAGUGCCAAUAAUGGAAAGUUAUCCAGAAAAGAAUCUCUGGAGACGGAGAUGGAGAUGGAGUACACUGAAAGUGUCAAUAAUCUGGAGGAUACAUUCCAGGAGGAUUGCUCUGGAAGAGAAGGCCUACGUAAGAAGCUUUUUAAAUCAAAGUUCACUGCCAAGUUUGGAAAGCUAUCCAAAAAGCAAUCUGGAACUUCUAUUAUGAGUGCUCCGCUUGAGAGACAAGUUACCGAAGAGGACUCUUCUGGAGAUGAUACCGUAAGCGUCCUCAAUUCCGUUUCAGGACGGAGUCGAAAGUCUAAACCUUAUUAUGAUGUAGACAGUGACAACUUGGAUAAGAAAGUACCAGACAGGAAGCUUAACAGGGGCAAAACAAAGGUUGCGAGUUCGGAAGUGCAGUGCAGUUUGAAACCCAAAUCUAAUUGGCCCUUCGAAUUUGAGAUUCGGCGGAGAGAAAUAAUUAAACUAUGGAAUGCAUGCAACGUACCACUAAUCCACAGAACUUAUUUCUUCCUUCUAUACAAAGGUGAUCCCUCGGACGCAGUGUAUUUGGAAGUAGAGGUAAGAAGGCUGGCUGUUCUCAAGGACACAUUUGCAAAAGAAAAAAAUACAAAGAGAGAAAAGAAAGACAGUAAAGCUCUCACCCCCGCGUCAAGUUUGAAGGAACUAAAUCGCGAGAGAGAAAUGUUAAGCAAGAAAGUACACAAAAAGUUCUCUAAAAAGGAAAGGGAAAGGCUUUACCAGGAGUGGGGUAUUAGACUAGACACGAAGCAGAGGAGCUUACAGUUGGCACGCUGCCUGUGGUCGGAUAUACAAGAUUUGGACCACUUUAAACGAAGUGCGGGCCUGAUUGCCAAGUUGGUUGGGUUCGAGGAGCAAAAUCAGGCUCCUAAAGAGAUAUUUGCAAUCAGCUUCUUACCUCGACCCGUCAACCAGAAAUCUUUCGGGUGGAAAGACAGCAUGUCUACUCUGUAAUAGUAUAAUAUAUUAUCUGCUGGAGGUAGAGAGAGGUAAGCUCUGUUCCAAUACUUAUGCUGAGUUAAUGCCUCACUUUUUCUACAAAACUUUCUCUGUCACUUUGGAAACUCACCCUUUAAUGAUGUUAUAUCCCAUGAAUUUAAAAAUGAGCCAAUGAGAAUCCUUUUGAAAGUAGUUGCCCCUCGUGUUUAGUUUUGUUUAUAUUGAGAAGAGAUUUCAAGGUAAGCCAGUAGAGUGUUGAAAGAAAUCUGAAUUGUACUGUAACAUUGCCUUCUUCCAAUUCCUUCCUUUUCUUCUCCUUUUUUGUUAAUGGAAGGAAGCCUGUUUAUGCUCCAUGUAAGCACUAAAAUAAUAAGACAACCCACUAAUUAUUUUA